UGUGCCGGGGGGUCAUUUCUUGGGAGGGAGUCACCAUCUCCAUGGUUACCAGCCUCUCCCAGCCCCAUUGGUCAACGAUCUCCAAUUGCGUGAUUCAUCCGGUUGCGCCAAAGAGAAGAAAACACGCGAUGGCUGAGGAGCCUGACAGCUAAUUUGGACAGAGAUUUGCUGUCGUCGUUCUGGCAGGCUACUUGAGUGUGUGCUGAUUCCCGCCCCCAGAAAACAGGACCCAGCAAGACGGCUUUAUACUUGACAGCGAUGGAUGAAGAGAGUCUGGAAGCAGCAAUUCAAACCUAUAAUGCCCAGCUGAAGCAGGUAGAGCUGGCUUUAGAGGCAGGGCUGGACCCCUCACAACAAUCUGACUUGAUUCAGUUGCAGGAGGAUUUAAAACAGCUGAUAGAAUUGACUGAAUCGAGCCUGGUGUCUGUUAAAAAGAGCAAACUAUUAGCCACUUUAGACCCUGCUGCUCCCUCCGCCUCUCCAGCAGAUCACCUGAAGCAGGAUGCUAACCCGGGCAGUUCUUCCUAUGAUGACGAAUAUGCUGCUUUUAAAGAAGCUAUCGCUGAAGCUGGUGGCAAGGACAGGCCUUCAGGUACUGAGGAUGAGGUUUCUCCAAAGAAAGAUGGAGAAGCUGACGGGGAAAAUGAAUCGAAGUACAGUGAGGAAGAGGAAGAAUUUGAGAGAGAUGAAGAGGAGGAGGAGGAGGAAAUGAGUGGAAUGAAGGUUAAAGCCCCAUAUUACAGUUCCUGGGGCACUCUGGAAUACCACAAUGCUAUGAUUGUGGGGACGGAAUAUUUGGAAGAUGGCAGCGCGGGAGUCAGAGUGCUGUAUCUCUAUCCAACUCACAAGUCCUUGAAGCCGUGUCCAUUCUUCUUGGAUGGCAAAUGCAGAUUUAAAGAGAAUUGUCGGUUUUCCCAUGGGCAAGUGGUAUUGGUGGAAGAACUUCGUCCAUUUGAAGAACCUGACCUCAGUUCUAUGGAGGUGGGUUCUGCCUGUUUAGCUAAACAUAAUGAUGGAAUAUGGUAUUCUGCGAAAAUCACUGACAUUGACAGUGGUUAUUACACUGUGAAGUUCGAUUCACUGCUGCUGAAAGAAGCUGUUGUGGAAGGAGAUGGCAUCAUUCCUCCACUACGAAGUGAUGAGAGUUCUUCUGAAGAGUCUGAGGAGGACAAUGUAGAUGAUUCUGGCUAUGCUAAAGUAAUAGAUUCAGCGUCCUUGGAGAACGGGGACUGGACUCCGGCUUGCAGCUCAUCCUUUGCUGGGUGGGAGGCCCAUACUCGCGGCAUUGGCUCCAAGCUGCUUGCUCGAAUGGGUUAUGAAUUUGGGAAAGGUCUAGGAAAGAACUCUGAAGGCCGUGUGGAGCCUGUCCAAGCUGUGGUGCUGCCAAAAGGGAAGUCCCUGGACCAGUGUGCUGAGAUCCUGCAGAAGAAGGAGGGAAAGCUGCAUCCAAGCAAGUCAAGAAAACGCCAAGUGAAGGGAAACCACAGGGCAGCAGCUAGCUCAGGGAGCCGCAAGCCACCCCGCAAUGUCUUUGACUUUCUGAAUGAGAAGCUGCAGGGGGAAGACUCUGGGAAGCGGGAGGAAGGAGGGAUGGGACUGCCAGAGAGGAACAGCAAGGAGAUCUACCACGCCAGUAAGAGCACCAAGAAAGCUUUGAGUGUCCGCUUGUUUCAGACCAUGGAGAAAAUAGAGCAAACGCAGAAGAAUAUCAAGGGAAUCCAAGAGGCCCUGGCACGCAACAUUGGGCGGCACAGUGUCACCACUGCUCAGCUGGAGGAGAAACUGGCUAACGCUCACAGACAGCUGGGGCAGCUGCGGGCCCAGGAAGCCAGCCUGCAGCGGGAGCAGAAGAAAGCAGACACGCACAAGAAGAUGACUGAGUUUUAGUCUCCCAGGAAGGGGUGGGAUUGUCUUGGUUCUCAAAAUGGCUGAGCCACACACUCACUGUGUCUGAGCCUGAGUAGCCCUGCCAUCUCCCCCAGGCUCCAAUCAACCCAGAUGUAUCCUGGGGUAAAAAACAGCAGCUCUUCAAAACACAUGAUGCCAUGUAAACUGAGCUGUCCUGGAUGGGGGAGGUGGGAGGAGGAAGAGUGUGCACCUUCUUUGCCCCAGAUGUGUUCAGAAGGCCCAAGCCACUUAUGUGGACUUAGUACAAGAAAACAGACCCCUGCUACUUCUCUUGUACCCUGGUAGUCCACCCACAGAACCUUUGGUCCCAGUGCCUUGCAGACUGUAGAUUCUGCUCCCAGUCCCAAGACAAGUGCUCACAGGCAAAUGUCCCAAGUGCAUCCAAGCAGAGCCACAGAGGAAGGGUCCAGUGCUUGGUGGACACAAAGGGAAGUUGUUCCUACUGUUAGCUUCCUUCUGACCCUUGCUCUAGGCUUCACCUUGGGGCUGAAGUCAGUUCUGGGGUUCUGUCUUGUUGCUGUGUUUUUUUUUCAGUCCUAUCACAGUGAACAGGAAAAAAGGUUGAGUAGUGUAAGGGUCUGAAAGCUGUGGGUGUGGUAAGCCAACUGCAGGAGUAGCUUGGGGUCAAGCGAGAUGCAGCCUAGUACAGCAGUUUAAGGCAGCGUGGAGAGCCACGUCACUCCACACCACAUGCUAGAGCUACAGGAACAGGGCAGUUCAGUGGCUAUCUAAAACAGCAGAGGUGAUAUAACAGGUUGGCCAUACAUCUGAUGGCCAAGUACAGCUUAGCGGGUGGCCGUUUAUGUUCACUGUGGCUGUGGAGUUACCACCAUCUAGAUAUUUCCUUGAACUUGCAAGUUCCCUUUAUAUUAAACAUCCCCAAGUCAGCACAAAAGGUCAGGAGGUCCAGGGAUACUCAACAUGCACCCAUGUGCAUCCAUCUCUACAAAUGAGGCAGGGAGCUAAGCAAGUUUCCAUCUCAUGCAGCAGGUACAGAUGGUCUCUGACAGGAAGUUAGACUUCUCCCAUCCAGAGGGAUCCUGUCAGUGGUCAUCAGCUCUGGCAGUAAGGGGAGGUGAAAGUCCCACCAGGCAUCCUGCUUCUGGGGAUGGUGUGGGCACUGGAAUAUUUUUCCAUGCAUUCUGUUUUUAGGUUCUGUGACUUGCUGCCAG